UUUUUUUUUUUUUGAAACCAUGGUGAAAGUAACAUAAUUCAGUAAUAUAAAAUAUUAACAAUUAAACAUCAGUUUUAAUAAGCAAAAACUGCAAAAAAAAGACUCCCUAAUUUUACAAAAAUGACCCCAUAUAUAUCUAUUGGAUCAGAGAUAUCCAACAAAACCUUAUCUCUUUAAAGUCCAAUGUUGCCCUCCUUCACAAAUUUUUCCCACCAAAAAAAAAAAAAAAAAAAAAAAAAAAGUUCAUACUACUAAAUUCUACUAACAAAAACUUAAAGUGAAAGAAGAAAAUAAGAGGGAAAAAAAAAAUGGCAGUAGCAUCAGCUUUUCUGUCAACUGCUAACACAUUCCAUUAUCUUUCAUCAUCCAAUUCUUUAACACCCACUUCAAUUCCACCAUCAAAUUCAUUAUUUUGCCUUCAAAAAAACAAACAUUUUAAUCUAUUAGUACCCUUUUGUAAAUCAGAAUCACCAAUUUUAUCAUCAUCAUCAAUUCCAUGUCUUAGUAAAAGAAGCUUUGCCCUGUCUUUAUCCUCUGCAUUUCUUCUAUCAUUAGCAGGGAAAGCCGUGCCAGUAGCCGAAGCGGCGCCAUUGGAAGCUGAGGAUGAUUUAGAGCUCUUGGAGAAGGUCAAGAAGGAUAGGAAGAAGAGGCUUGAAAAACAAGGAGUUAUUAACUCAUCUACUAAGGAAAAAGGAUACCUGCAAGAUGUCGUGUACAAGUUGAGCGAGGUAGGCCAAGCUAUAGAUAGCAAUGAUCUGAAAGCUGCUAGUUCAGUUCUUGGCGCUAGCACUGACACUGAUUGGAUUAAGAAGGCUAAUUCAGCCUUCGCCAAGCUAAGCUUAGGCCCUGAGGAAAAGGAAGAAGUUGAUAUGUUCAACACCUCAAUUUCAAAGCUGAUAUCAUCUGUGGCCCAGAAAGAUGUUGAAUCAUCUAAGAUUGCGUUUGUAUCUUCGGCUAGUGCGUUUGAGAAAUGGACUACACUGACAGGACUUGAUGGAGUUCUCAAGGGACUUUGAAAGAGACUUUCUAAUUCUAACUGCACUUGCCUUAUUUUUAAGCAAGAGUUGUAUCCACUUCCUCUAUUUUGGAGUAGAUUUCAUACUUUCUACUCAUAAUUUGUAAAGACCCACUAGUUCGGCAACAUUUUUUCUAUGGAGUAUGUGAAUUUUACCAUUCUUGAGGCCAAGAAUUAGCAUUCAUUUUACAUGUAACUAUUCUCAUAAUUAA